GAGAGGGCGGGAGAGGCUGUUCGCGGAAGCGCCUGUUCAGUUCGGGGCGGGACUCUGGCCGAGGCGCGCGCCUUCCUUUGUGUCCUUCGAAGAGCGAGAGAGAAAGAGAGGCCGGGUCGUCAUGUCGUUCCGCCAGCGGAGCCCCCUCAGCGGCCGCACUCGCAGCAGACCACCAGCUCGUUGGACUCAAGGGAGGAAGCGUGAUGCUGAUGGGAAUCACAGAAGUGUGUACGAUUCAAGCCUGCCCACUGACGAAGACGAUGAUGAUACAUUCAAGCUAUUAAACAGCAGGCCAGAUAGUUUCACAACGCCAGAAGGACAUAAACCCCAUUCAAGGUGUGCGGAUUGGGGAACUGCAGUUGAAGAAGAUGAAAUGAGGACUAACGUUAAUAAAGAAAUGGCAAGAUACAAAAGAAAGCUUUUGAUAAAUGAAUUUGGACGAGAGCGGAAGCUGUCUAGUGGAAGUUCUGAUUCAAAGGGGUCCACAACAACAGAACUUGAGACUGAUGAAGCUGUUCUCUUGAGAAGACAGAAACAAAUAAAUUAUGGGAAGAACACACUGGCAUAUGACAGAUACACUCGGGAAGUUCCAAGGUGUCUUAGAGUUCCAGGGAUCCAUCCAAGGACUCCAAAUAAAUUUAAGAAAUAUAGUCGGCGGUCUUGGGACCAGCAGAUUAGACUUUGGAAGGUGGCAUUGCAUUUUUGGGAUCCUCCUGCUGAAGAAGGCUGUAAUACACAAAUAAUUAGCCCUGUUGAUCUUGGUGACAUGGAGACGGAAUCUGUAGGAAGUAAUUCUGCUGGAUCACAAGCAAGUUCUCAGGAUAAUGAUGAAAACUGUACUUUCACACCCACCAAAGUAAGAAAUAUUGAUCACUUGGCUGAUGACGAAUUUGAGCUGGAAGUGUGUUAGAUUGUGGCACUGAAUGGCUAUGAAUAUGUAUGCUGCAGGCUCCAGUUCAAAGAAAGAACAUCUUUAAUUGCGCAAUUUUGAAGACAAAUCAGAAAUCCUUCUGUUUAAUACUCCAGAAAAAUGGAGAAUGUCAACUGUAAAUUAUAACCCUUAUUUCUCCUAACUUUCCUGAAGCAUAACAUUUGAGUUACAUGUGAUGGGGUGGAUAUUUAAUGGUUAUGCACACAGGAAAUGGCUUUAUAAGCAGUUUUGUAGUUCAGAGGAUUAAACUAGUGAGAUGAUGUUGCCAGACCUUUAAGAGCAUGGAAACAUUUGUAGGAAAUCCUUACCAUAAAUGGCAAUGUGCUGAUUGUUUUAAAAAUCCAAACCAAGAACAUGAUUGUCAGGGAACAGUAUUUCUCCACAUUGUUCUGUACAUUGUAUUAUAUACACCUACCAGGCAAUGACAUUUAUGAUCCCUAAGCCCAUGUUUUCUUCACGUAUUGUCAUGUGUGUUGCAGUAACAAUAUGAUAAUGAGUGCAAGCAAUUUUCUUGUACUGAGAAAGGGUUCUAACUGUAUUUUCAGGUCCGCUUAAUGGAGGCAGCUAUCUAACGUGUAUUUCAAAGUGAUACUUGUAAAUAGUUAUGCACAAAAACUUAAAUUAGCUUUUAAAGAAGAACGAACGAACAGAAUAUGAAACUUUUGUACUGUUUUUUAUUCUUUCUUGAUGUAAAUUUACAGAACCUUUAGUAAAAUAAUCAGUUGCUGAGUUUCUAUGGAACAAAGCAUAAAUAAAGCAAAAACAUCAUAAACCGUA